GAAGGCGGGGUCUCUGUGGCCUUAGUGUUCAGCCUCUGCUCUGGACAUGAAGACUGUCAGUAGACUCUGGUGUCAUUCCCUCACCCUGCGGAACCGUGGCUGGACCUGGAGUGCACACCUCAUCCACUGUGGCACUGGUACCCCACGGUGAAGUGGCUCCAUGGCUGCAGCUGCAGGAGUGGGCACCAGGCUGGGCACCAGGCUGGGCAAGGAGCCGCUGUGGCAAGAGGACUAGAUGGAUGGACAGCUGGUGGAGAAGGACAGCAUGACCAUGUGACAGCUGACCAGGAAGCCUGGCUACCCUCCUUCCAAACCUCUUUACCUGCGGGAAUCAUGGCCUUCUGUGGCUCGCUUCGGCCCACUGCGGCUGGGCACCUCCUCUUGGGGCUGCUGUCACCAAUGUCACCGAUAGGGAAUUAAUGACAAACUAAUGAGGUCCUUUGGUUAUUGUGAGAAGAUUUUAACUGAAGUGGUUAAGAAUGCUGCAGCUGUUUAUCAGGUUCAGGCCUCUGUGACUGAACCUGUAGUGCAGGACGUUUCCUGAAAUACAGCUGCUUUCCAAGUACGAGCAGACAGUUUAAAGGAGCUUUAGCUCCGGCAGCUUAUCCCUGCCUAUGAGACCCAUCGUUGAAGGUGCUGGGUCUCACUGGUGUGCUGUUCCGCCAUGGACAGUGCAGCGAUGCUAGGGUAGUUAAAAGACUGCAGCAGCGUUGGAAAACAUUUAUGGCUCCACAGUUACCAGCCCAUCCAGCUAUUCCCUGUUUCAGGAUGCCCUGGCUCCUUCCUCAGCACUGAGCAGAAGCGAAGGCUUCUCCAGGCUUCCUCCAGUCUGCUCAGUGCAGACGCUUGCACUGCUCUUCUGGGCAGAGACAAGGAGCCUGCAGCUGGUAACUGUGAGUGGCAAAUUCUUCACGACUUUCCCACGGUCACCGACCUAAUAUCUGUGCUUGACCCCUGGGAGGGUGCCAACACCCCUAAAGAUCCAAGUGCAGAUGCCGUGCAAUGAAGUGUCGCCUUUGGCUCACUCACAGGAAGCUGUUGCCUCAUGUGAGGCUGGGAAGCCCCUCUACAAGAGUGUUCUCCAGAGCUGGCCACCCGUGAACGCGGCCACGGUGACCGGCACAGCCAUGAGCUCGGAGGAGCUGAGGACGUUCUUAGUUCAGCACUGCCUUUCUGUGGGGCAUGAUAGUGUUUGCAAAGGCAAAUUCAGAAGGCUUCAAGGCUGGGUGUGGUGCUGCACACCAUUCUGGAGGCAGAGGUGGGCGAGUCUUGGAGUUCACGUCCAGCCUGUUCCACACAGUGAGUGUCUGGCCAGCCAAGGCCAGCUACGUAGAGACCCAGUCUCAAAGAUAAGAGGGCCAGAUGAUUAUGUCACUGCCCGAGAGCUGCCUGCUCACCACGGACACCGUGAUCCGAAGCUCCUUAGGGCCCUACAUUAAGAAGUGGAAGCCUCCUCUGUCUCCCCUGCUGGCGCUGUGCACUUUUUUAGUCUCAGAAAAGCAUGCGGGUGAUCGGUCCCCCUGGAAGUCUUACCUGGACAUUCUACCCAAGUCAUAUACCUGCCCGGUCUGCUGGGAGCCGGAAGUGGUCGACCUUCUUCCAAACCCGUUAAAGGCAAAGGCGGAAGAGCAGAAGGCCUGUGUGCAGGACUUGUUUGCUUCCUCCAGAGGCUUUUUCUGUGCUCUGCAGCCCCUGUUUGUAGAGUCUGUGGACAGCAUUUUCAGCUACCCUGCUUUCCUGUGGGCCUGGUGCACUGUGAACACCAGAGCCGUGUACCUGAGGUCCAGGAGGCAGGACUGCCUCUCCGCAGAGCCGGACACAUGUGCGCUCGCUCCGUACCUGGAUCUGCUGAAUCACAGCCCCCACGUCCAGGUAAAAGCAGCCUUCAACGAGAGCACCAGCUGCUAUGAGAUUAGAGCAGUGUCGCGCUGUGGGAGGCAGCAGGAGGUGUUCAUUUGCUACGGCCCCCAUGAUAACCAGCGGCUGCUCCUGGAGUAUGGCUUCGUCUCCUUCGGCAAUCCUCAUGCCUGCGUGGCUGUCUCAGGAGAGAUGCUGGUGAAGUGCUCCCCACCAGCAGAGAAGCAGCUGCACAAGAAGAUGUCCAUUUUGAGGGAUCACGGCUUUACAGAAAAUCUGACGUUUGGAUGGGAUGGACCAUCUUGGAGGCUACUCACAGCUCUCAAGCUGUUGUGUCUAGAAGCUGAGCAGUUUCCAUCCUGGAAAAAAGUCCUCCUCGGUGAAGUAAUCUCAGAUACAAAUGAGAAGACAAGCUUGCUCUCGGCCCAGAAAAUAUGCUCUGAUUUAAUCCAGGACGCUCACAGUGUUCUGCGCAAGGUUUCUGACCUGAAGGAAGGGAAAGUGUUGCCGAUAGACCAACUCUCUUUUGUGGAAGCGCUGCGGGCCGAGGAGCUGAGGCUUCUCCAGGCCUCUGCUGAGAUCCUGAGCAGUUCGCUAGCCUCCUUUCCCUGACAUCACGGGAACACGCGACUCCUGCCUGUGGAGGGAGUACCUUCUGCGUUUUCACUGAGGAUGAAUAAAUGGACUUUUCUAUGAAACCA